CGCUUAGCCUUAUUACGAAUUACUCAAGAAGUUUAUUAUUAUAGAAUCAAUUAGAUCGCGAAAAUAUCUCAUUUAUAUUUAUAAAUUCUCAAAUUUAUUCUUCUAUUAAAAAAAAAAAAAUAAAAUUCAUUUCCUAUAAAUCCAUAAAAGGUAUAAUUAGCAAACCCAAUAGAAUUUUCGACUCCUCUUUAUAAUACCAUAAACUAAAAGCGCUUUCAAUACUCCCACUUGAAUUGAAGGUCGACUUUCAAAAUUUAUUCUGUUGAUUCUUAAAUUUUCUUCUUUAAAGAUAAAUGAUUUAAAACUUUUCAAUUUAGCGAAGAAUGUUUUUAUGAAAGAAGAAAAUGAAGUUUAAUAUCCAGGUGAUUUAUAAUAACAUUAUUAUAUUACUAUCUAUUAUUAUAAGAAUUACAAUCGCUGGAUGAUUAGGUUGGAUGUAAGUGAUCAAAUAUCCAACGCGGAACUAGUUAGUUUGAAUUUUUUUUUUUAUUUGAUAAAUGAAUCUAAUACCCGUGAUAGCCUAUAGUGAGUGUAAGAAGAAAGAUGAAAGUGUUUUGAUCGUGAACGUCUGAAAUAGAGUUGCGGUAUAUAAACCGCCUACAGUUCUUUCGUCAUUUCAGUAUCAUUUUAAUCAGAGCAGUGACAUUGAUCUUGUUUUUAUAUUUAUUAAUUAUUCACAAUGAUUUUAUUUAUUAUAUUAAGCCUGAUCAGCGUCUCAGCAUGUCACACGUGGUACGGGAGCGAAGAUUAUCAAUUUCCACGCCCACGUUUAAUUUCCCAGUCAUUUGACAUAAAAGACGUCCCAACGAAGGUUAUCAAAAUAACCAAAACGAUCGCCGUCCGGGUCCCGGUGCCGUAUCCAGUAAAAGUCCCGUAUCAUGUUCCAGUCCCGGUGCCAGUAAAUCAUCCGAUACCGGUCCCCGUUCCACAGAUUGUUAAAGUUCCCGAGCACAUACCCUACGAGGUAUCGAAGCAUGUACCGGUGGAACUUAAACAGCAGGUGCCCUUCUUUAUUUCCAAGCCCGUGCCGAUACCUCAUCCGGUUCCCGUGCCGCAUCCCGUAAAGAUAGAUCGACCCGUUCCGUAUCCAGUUCCUUAUGAAAAUUACCAACAACACCUCCAAGAUCAGCACUACCAGGUUCAUGAGAAUCAGCAGUCUGAAGAGAGCCAGCACAAUUUUGUUCAUCAUGAUCAUGAUGAUCAAGAUCACUAGAUUUAGUUUUGUGAUUUUAAAUUGUUAAUUAUGUGUACGGAAAAAUUA